GAAAAAAAAAACACCAAACUACCAAACUUCACAAUUUUGAUAACACGAAAAUGGUCAAAUUCAGUAUUGAUGAAAUCCGUAAUAUUAUGGACAAGCAACCACAAAUCCGUAAUAUGUCUGUCAUUGCUCACGUCGAUCACGGUAAAUCCACCUUGACUGACUCCUUGGUUGCUGCUGCCGGUAUUAUUGCUCAAGCUAAUGCUGGUCAACAACGUUUCAUGGAUACCAGAGAUGACGAACAAGAUAGAUGUAUCACCAUUAAGUCUACUUCUAUCUCCCUCUACUAUAAGAAGCCAGCUGAAGAUGGUACUGAAACUGAAUAUUUGAUUAACUUGAUCGAUUGUCCAGGUCACGUUGACUUUUCAUCUGAAGUUACUGCUGCUUUGAGAGUUACUGACGGUGCUUUGGUCGUCGUUGAUGCCGUUUCUGGUGUCUGUGUCCAAACUGAAACUGUCUUGAGACAAGCUUUGCAAGAAAGAAUUAGACCUGUCCUCAUGAUGAACAAGUUGGACAGAGCUUUCCUCGAACUCCAAUUGCAACCUGAAGAUGCUUAUACCAACUUUAACAAGGCUAUUGAAUCUGUUAACGUUGUCAUUUCCACUUAUGAUGAUGGUGGUUUCGGUGAUCCACAAGUUUACCCAGAAAAGGGUACCGUUGCUUUCGGUUCUGGUCUCCAUUGUUGGGGUUUCACUUUGAAGAGAUUCGCCAAGAUGUACGCCAAGAAAUUCGGUGUUGCUGAAGAAAAGUUGAUGAAGAAAUUCUGGGGUGAUAACUUCUUUGAUGCUGCUAACAAGAAAUGGGUUAAGGACUCUCAAGGUGGUAAAUUGGUCAGAGGUUUCUGUCAAUUCGUCUUGGAUCCUAUUUACAAGGUUUUCCACUCUUGUAUCAAUGAUGAUAAGCCUCUCCUCGAAAAGGUCUUGCCAGUUUUGGGUAUUACAUUGUCUGCUGAUGAAAAACAACAAAAGGAUAAGAAGUUGAUGAAGUGUGUUAUGGCUAAAUGGUUGCCAGCUGCUGAAGCUCUCUUGGAAAUGAUUGUCACUCACUUGCCUUCACCAAAGGUUGCUCAAGGUUACAGAUAUGAACAUUUGUACAACGGUCCACUCGAUGAUAAGUAUUGUCAAGCUGUUAAGAAUUGUGAUCCUAAUGGUCCAUUGAUGAUGUACGUCUCUAAGAUGGUUCCUACUAACGAUAAGGGUAGAUUCUAUGCUUUCGGUAGAGUUUUCGCUGGUAAGGUUAGAACUGGUCAAAAGGCUAGACUUAUGGGUCCUAACUUUGAACAUGGUAAGAAUACUGACUUGUUCGAUGAUAAGACUAUCCAAAGAACUGUCGUUAUGAUGGGUCGUUAUACUGAAUCUGUUGAUGAUAUUCCUUGUGGUAACGUUGCUGGUUUGGUCGGUGUUGAUCAAUUCUUGAUCAAGACUGGUACUAUCACUGAUUCUGAUUGUAAGGAUGCUUGUCCAUUCAGAGAUAUGAAGUACUCUGUUUCCCCUGUCGUCAGAGUUGCCGUCGAACCAAAGAAUCAAGCUGAUUUGCCAAAGGUUAUUGAAGGUAUGAAGAGAUUGGCUAAGUCUGAUCCUUUGGUCGUCUGUACUAUCAAUGAAGAAUCUGGUGAAAAGAUUAUUGCUGGUGCCGGUGAAUUGCACUUGGAAAUUUGUUUGAAGGAUUUGAGAGACGAUUUCUGUGGUGGUAUUGAAUUGAAGAUUUCCGACCCAGUCGUUGCUUUCAGAGAAACUGUUUCUGAAGCUUCCCCAUGUGAUACUUUGACUAAGUCUCCAAACAAGCACAACAGAUUGUACAUGAAUGCUGAACCACUCCCAGAAGAAAUGCAAGAUGAUAUUGAACAAGGUAAAAUUACUGCUAACGAUGAAGCCAAGAAGAGAGCUAAGUACUUGCAAGACCAAUACGGUUGGGAUCAAGACCAAGCCAGAAAGAUUUGGUCAUUCGGUCCAGACCAAACUGGUCCAAACUUGAUGGUUGACGUUACCAAGGCUGUCCAAUAUUUGAACGAAAUUAAGGACUCUGUCAACUCUGGUUUCCAAAUUGCUGCUAAGGAAGGUCCACUCUGUAAUGAAACAUGUCGUGGUGUUAGAUACAACUUGACUGAUGUUACUUUGCACACUGAUGCUAUCCACAGAGGUGCUGGUCAAAUCUUGCACACUGCCAGAAGAGGUUGUCAAGCUGCUCACUGUAACUCUGCUCCAAGAAUUUUGGAACCAAUCUUUUUGGUUGAAAUCCAAUGUCCUGACUCUGUUUUGGGUUCAGUCUACUCUGUCAUGAACAGAAGAAGAGGUACAAUUGAUCAAGCUAUCCAAAGACCAGGUACUCCAAUGUUCAACGUUAAGGCUUACCUCCCUGUCUUGGAAUCAUUCAACUUCUCCACCUUCUUGAGAUCUGAAACUGGUGGUGAAGCUUUCCCACAAUGCGUUUUCCACCAUUGGCAAAUUGUUGGUGGUGAUCCUUGGGAUAAGACUUCAAAGAUCAGAGAAUUGGUUGUUGAUACUCGUAAGCGUAAGGGUUUGAAGGAAGAAAUUCCAACCGUCGAAGAACUCUCCGACAAGUUGUAAAUCAACUACUCUUAAUAAAUAAUAAUUUCUU